UUGAGUCAAAAUUACCGACAUCUUGACUUGCCAUAAGGCAAAACUAAUAUGGCUGUCAUAUUUUUCAAUAUCAGACUUUGUUGUCACCAUAGUAUCUCAAGUUGCUAUAGAAUAUUAACACACUUCCUAAAACAAAUAGAUAUCAGACCAAGAAAAUCUUUUCUGAUGUGGAAGAUCAGUUUAAACUGCAACCACAGAGCAUGCUCAGAAUCCUUGGGCUCACAUACCACUUGUUAUGAUAUGGCUCGGCUUAAUUUCACCAGUGGUUCCUCAACUAUAGCCACUAUUACAUUGGCAUUCCUAAAAUUCAAUUUGUUACGCAAAAAUAUACAAACUUCAAUUAGCGUUACACAAAAAGGACUCUGUCUAAUUUUCCUUUUAAUAUUAUACGGAAACCUGACAUUGGCAUUAUUAAAUUAAUUUAAAAUAAAAAAUUUUACCAUGUCAGCUUUGCUCACCCGACCUUGUUUUGUCUCUUUCCUCCUUAUGUCUUACCAUAGACACUUAACACUAUAUCACUGUCCACCUUUUGAAGCAUCCCCAUUUUUAGAAUAAAUAAAUAAGCAAAGCUUUGUAAAAAAAAAAAACAAAAGCAGCAACAAGCAAUGGCCAUAGUAAAAGUAGAGGAGAAGGAGCAGUUUAUCCUAAAUAAAAGAAACGAAGAGCUAGAAAGAGCACUCAAGGACAGCAAGCAAAGGGAAGAAAUGAAGAGCUAGAAAGAGCACUCAAGGGAAGCAAGCAAAGGGAAGAGCAGAUGAGAGAAGAGCUACAAAAGGCAUGGCGGAGACUCCAACUGGUGGAGGAAGCGGAGGAGCGGCUUUGCCCUCAGUUGGGUGAGCUAGAAGUUGAGUCUGUUAAUCAGGCGUGUGCAUAUAAUGAAUGAAUCCUUUCUCUUCUGGAUCGACUCUCUCAGGCUCACCAUCUCUUUCAUAUUCAACAAAUUAGCAGUUUAGAUCUCUUUGACUCUUUUUAUUUAUACUUAAAAGAGUGUAUUUUUAUCUCAAAUACAUGAGAUUUGAUUUCUCUAUCUGUGUUUGAAAUUGGGAUUGAGUGACCCUUUGGCAAUUGGGUUUUAAAUGCUUAAAGCAUUUAAAUUCUGGAAAAUAGGAAUUUGCCUAAGAAAUACUUUUAAGGGAAUUAUUGUUCAGUUCAACUAAUGAAAUUUGUUAAAGAAACUGUAAAAUAUUUCUUUUUUUCGAAGAUAUUAUGGUAGAAUGCUAUAUUCUACUAUCUAAGUUUUUGAUUUUGAAAAAAAAAAGAUAAUCAUUGAAACAAAAUUUGAAUUAAAUGUUGGUGUGAGUAAGAUCUGAGAUAGAGGUUGAGCAAAAGAGGUAGAGGUUGAGGAAACGAGGUAGAGGAAAAGAAGGAUAGAAAGUGAUAUAGUCUGUUGAGUGUCCAUGGUAAGGGAUAAGGAGGAGAGAGAUAAAACAAGGUUGAGUAAGCAAAGUUGACAUGGUAAACAUUUUCAUUUUAAAUUAUUUUAAUACUGUCUAUAUCAGCUUUCCGUUUAAUGUUAAACGGAAAAUUAGACGGAGUCUUUUUUUGUGUAACACCAAUUGAAGUUUGUAUAUUUCUGCGUAACAAAUUGAAUCUUAGGAAUGCCAAUGUAAUAGGAGCUAUAGUGGAGGAACCACAGGUGAAAUUAAGCCGAUAUGGCUCUGAUAGCAUUGUUUAGGUCAAAAAUUGGUCUAAUACCACUUAUUAGGAUGGAAAUUGGUCUGAUACCACUUGUUAUGAUUGGGUGAAGAUAUCUAUUUAGAAUAGAAGGAAAAUAGAGGAGACACAAAUUUAUAUGGUUCAGCAUAAACCUGCAUCUAUGGGUGAAGGAGAACAAAAUUCACUAAUAAAUAAUGAAAAUGCAAAGUCCAAAUGGGAGAUAACAUUCAAAAUCUUGAAUCCAAGUAUAUACCCAAAGCUCUCAAUAUUUUUCUCUAAACAAUUUACGGUAAUUAAUUAUUGAAUGAAAUUAUCGUACCUAAACUAAGAGAAGGAAAGAUGGAUAUAUAUCUCUCAUGUAUUUGUCUCUUCCUCACACAUUGUUUGUGUCUCGCUAAGUUCUAUAUUUAUAGGCGAUGACACGUUUGAAGGUUACUCUAACUUGUUGGUUUCGUGACCGCCAAUUUUCUGGCUGUCAAGUUAUGAGAUUUUGCUAGUGGCAUGAGCUGUAUGGUAUUCUGGCAUGAGUGGUCAUUCAAUGAUUGGUAACCUAGUCUCGGGAAUUGCAUAGGUGAGAGGACAAGGGUCGGUUAAAGCAUUUUGAGGGCAUAGAAGAUUACUUGGGUCCCUUUUGGCAAGUUGGCUAUCACCUAUGCAUGUUCUUCCUCCCAUAGGCUGUCACCGAUGACAAAUUAUUUAUGGCAUAGGCUAUUGCCUAAUCUUUAAAAUUUCAUGAACAGGCAAUAGCCUAACUUGUAGGCUUAAAUUCAAGGAACCAUAGGUUGUAUUUUGCCAAAAACAAUACUUUAUCUUUCUGUUUUGAAACAUAGAUUACUUUUUCCUCAUUUUUCUCUACCAUUAUACACUAUUGUCCUUCUCUUUAAAAAAAAAAACUUUUGUCAUUAAGUUCCUUCUAAAAGACAUAAAUACCCUUAAACCCCUCUCGCACCCAAAUCUCUAUCAUCAUCAGGGCCACUUAUGGUUUCCAACCCUUCUCACACCUAGAUAUGCAAAUUUGGCCUUUUUUAGAAGAUUUCUUUGGCUUAAACAAGUGGUUUCCAACUCUCACCACUUGUGUUCCUGUUGAAGGUAUAUCUGCUAAACCUGGAUGUGUCCAUUACUAUUCUGGUUUUAAAAAACUAAAACUGUUAUGUAUUGAUCCAAAAGCAAUGGGUUUUAGUUAUAGCAUUGUAGAUGGGAAUAUUGGGUUUAAUGAGUAUGUUUCAACUGUAAAAGUGUUUCUGAAAGAACAUGGUUGUAAAAUUGAGUGGAAAUAUGAAGUUAAGCCUGCUGAAGGAUGGAGAUUUGAAGAUUUGUCGGAGACUUAGUUUUAUGAGUGAGAUUUUUAGUUACACAUGGAGAUUUUUACUCUGGCACGAAAAGCAAAUUUGAGAGGGAUUUUAAGGUAUUUCUGCCAUUUCAGAAGGCACUUAUCUGCAAAAGUUGGAUUUUUUUGACAAAAGGACAAUAGUGUAUAACACUAGGAAAACAUGGGGGAUUAAAACAGUCUAUUUUUCAAAACAUAGGAAUGAAGUAGUUAUUUUUAGCGAAAUAUAGGGAUAAGAUUAUCAUUUUCCUUAAAGCAUUUGAUUUACCAUAAAUACGUAUCUGCUCAUUCACCUAAACUUGAAUCUCAAUCUAACCCGUGAUCUGAUCUUUAAUUUCACCCUUAAUCAUUCAUAAAAAUCACCUGUUUUCAACUGUCUAGUUUUUGAGACAAAUAAGCUGUUGGGAAAGGGGGAUUAUUUUUUAAUGUACACAUCAAUAUUGACAUUAAACUGUUGAUACCUG